AUGGCGGGAGAAGACGAUACCAGUGAGUAUGAAGUCAGACAAUACGGCCAGAUAGAUGCAGGUUCAUCGAGUGGCUCACAACGUACAGGCUUGGACUCGUCAAACACAGUUACACGCCGAUUGACACGCACCGCCACAAUUGACGACGAGGAAAAUGCUCAUGUACUGUCACACUUUCCAUACUCACUCAUUAUGAAAGUAGUUAGCUCCGAACCUAGAGAUGUCUUACAAUCGGAGAGGACGUUUCUAACAUUCACUCGGUUUGCCACAGCGUUGUUUUUUACGGCUUUGGGGAUAAUAUUGAACUUUAAAUUUGAUACUUCUGGAGAUUCUACAAAAAACUCGCCAAGUGAAGCAGGCCCCAAACAUCGAUUCAAUCACACGAAAUAUUCAGUUGCUGUGUCUUAUAUCUUGUUGGUGCUAUCAUUAUUUGUUUUGGUGUUUAGUGGUUUAAGUUACUACGUUACAAUUAAUCGAUAUGCGCAACACAAAAUUGCUACUUACAAUUUCAAUAACCUACCUACAGCUGCGUGUAUCACUGGUGUAAUCAUCACUUUGAUAGUUAUAAAUGUAACAUUGAUCGUGGAAGGAUUUUUAGAAACUAAAUAG